AUGCAUGCACAGAUUGAAGAAGCUUCUUUCGAUAGGCUUUGCCAAUCGAAGAAGAUUCUUACUAUCAACGGACGAUUCCCAGGGCCUACCAUAUAUGCGCGUGCUGGCGAAACGUUGUCCCUAGACAUUGAAAACAAAGGGAAGGACAACGUUACAAUGUUUUGUUGUAGGGGCACGGGUAGUAGACACGUGAAGUUUGAUCAGGUGGAAUGGCUAGUUGAGGCAGGGUCUAAAGUAAGAAAAAAUAUCACAAUAUCUGACGACGAGGAAGGGACGCUAUGGUGGCAUGCCCUGAACAUCUGGCAACGCGCUACUGUUCAUGGCGCUUUCAUUGUCCAUCCAAAACCCGGAACUAAUCAGGCUCUUCCCUUUUCGAUGCCUCGUGAUCAUGCCGAUAUUCCCAUCAUUUUAGGUGAAUGGUGGAAGAAGGAUGUCAAGGAGAUCUUCCUUGAAUAUGUUGACUCAGGCGGUGACAUAAAUUCGGACGCUUUCACUGUUAAUGGACAGCCCGGAGACUUCUAUCCUUGUUCAAAUAAUGGAACUUUCAGGAUAGAAGUGGAUAUUGGGAAGAAAUAUCUUCUCAGAGUUGUGAACGCUGCAAUGAGUAAAACACUUUACUUUGGGAUUGCAAGGCACAACUUAACCGUAAUUGCGAUGGAUGGUAGUCCUAUAACAGAGCCAUUUACAACGGACUACAUCGAAUUGACUAUACAACACUCGAUUGAUUGCAUCUUCGAGGCGAACCAGCAACCAGAUUAUUAUUAUAUGGUUGCUGCAGACUAA